ACUUGAAUGCCCACAAAUUAUUAUUCAUAAAACUAGGAGUAGCCAAAAUUGCCUCCUAAAUAGUCAAAGAUAACUUAAGACUGAGAAUCUUGAUCCCUUAGAAUGCUUGAUCUCUCGUUAAAAUCAUUCAUUCAGUUAUCCAGGUUUACCCUGUGCACCCAAAGUGGGGUAAAACGAAAGAUAAAAUUGCAGGUCAGACGUUCAGGUGGUCUUUCCGUCAGGAAGAUGAUGGAAGACGAAGGCAAAGGCGAAGGAAGCAUGCGUGCAAUGGUGAUGGAAGAAGCUAGAACAGCAUUGAAGAGCGUACAAAUGCCCAUCCCACAACCUCCGCCUGGUCAUCUUCGCGUUCGAGUAAAAGCCUGUGCUGUUUGCCGCACCGAUUUACACGUGGUUGAUGGGGAUUUGGAUAAGCCCAAGUUGCCAAUCAUUCCGGGUCAUGAAAUUGUGGGGCUAGUUGACAAGGUUGGGGAAGGUGUGGAUUGUAAUCUCUUUAGCAUUGGGAAAAGAGUGGGCAUUCCGUGGCUUGGUCGAACAUGUGGUAAAUGUAUGUAUUGCUUAGAGGGAGCAGAAAAUCUGUGUGAUGAUCCAGGUUUCACAGGCUAUCAGAUUGAUGGAGGGUAUGCAGAGUAUGCUGUUGCACAUGCAGCUUACUGUUUUCCGUUACCGGAAGUCUAUUCUGAUGUUGAAGCUGCUCCACUUUUAUGUGCUGGCCUUAUUGGUUAUCGGUCAUUGAGAAAAACAGGCUUUAAACCUGGUCUUGAAAAGAAAAAGAGAAUUGGCAUUUAUGGUUUUGGUGCAGCAGCACAUAUUAUUACACAGGUUGCAAUCUAUGAAGGGCAUCAAAUUUAUGCAUUUACAAGAGCGGGUGAUAAACAAGCACAAGAUUUUGCACUAAGAUUAGGGGCUAUAUGGGCUGGAGAUUCUGAUUCAAUGCCGCCUAAUGAGCUUGAUGCAGCUAUUUUGUUUGCUCCCGUGGGACUUCUUGUUCCAGCAGCUCUAAAAGCUGUUAGGAAAGGGGGCAUUGUUGUUGCUGGUGGAAUUCACAUGUCCCAGAUUCCUGCAUUCCCAUAUUCCAUAUUAUGGGGUGAGAGACAGAUUGUAUCUGUUGCCAAUUUGACCAGACAGGAUGCAGUUGAGUUUCUUAAGCUUGCACCUAAGGCUCAUGUCAAAACAGAAACUGUUGUAUUCUCCUUGGAUAAAGCGAACGAAGCGCUUGCAGCUCUCAGAGAGGGUAGGUUGGAGGGUGCUGCUGUAUUAGUUCCAUGAGAUGAUUCGGAGUAUAAUGGCUGCCACAAAGCAGGAGUUAUAGUUAUCUUGGGGAAAAAGUUCUCUCUCAUUGUUAUUAUGCUUUUUAAUUUUCAAAUAUAGCUCCUUUAAUCAAGUUACGAUUAUAAUCAUGUUUCAAUGCCAGACGAGUGCUACUAAUUACAUGUUUUUCUCUAUAUUGUAGGUUUCUAUGGAACAAUCAUUGCAAAAAUAUAUCCGCAUCUUUGUGUGUUUAAAAAUAUUUUAAAAUUUUCAUCUUAACCACUUUUUAUUCUGAUAUAUGAAUCCACAUAAUAGUUCAAAUGUACACCAAGGUGGGGGCAAGAUGAAAUAGUGAAAAUUUACACCAUUGUUCUU